UGCAGCGCUGUCAACUGGGGAACCUGAUCUUUUCGGGCUGAAAUCGAGCGGGUGUUGUUGCUGCCGUUGUUGCUGUGCUCUUACCCAGCGAGGGAACAGGUCAACUCCGCCGCAAUGAGGAUCGCUUGCCUGCAGUUCGCUUCCCACGUGGGGGACGUGGACAGGAACCUCAGCCGGGCCGAUGCCGUCCUCAGCACCGCCGACCCAGACGAACUCGACCGUCUCGACCUGCUCGUCCUCCCCGAGCUUGCCUUCACUGGCUACAACUUCAGGUCGCUCCAGCACAUCUCCCCCUGCCUUGAGGAGGCCGGCUCGGGCAUCUCCUCCCUGUGGGCGCGGACCACCGCCCUGAAGCACAACUGUACCGUCGUGGUCGGCUACCCGGAGACGGUGGAUAUCUCCGCCAAGUGGCCCGCGUCUCCCGAGUACUACAACUCGGCCGUCCUCGUCAACGGCGAAGGCGACACCGUCGGCAACUACAGGAAGUCGUUCCUGUACUACACCGACGAGACCUGGGCUCUCGAAGGCGGCAACGGCUUCUUCAGCGGCCAGUUGCCGGGGUUGGGCCAUGUGGUUAUGGGCAUCGGCACCGAUCUCAAUCCCUAUAAGCUCGAGUCCCCUUGGGACGCGUUCGAAUUUGGGUCCCAUAUCAUCCAGGCCCAGGCAAAUCUGGUGAUAUUGGCCGUGGCCUGGCAGACUCACCAGGAUGCAGCUUCUUUCAACCGCAGUCCCCAGGAACCCGACCUCGAGACGCUGGUCUACUGGGUCCAGCGACUGGAGCCCCUGAUCCGCGCGGACAAGGAGGACGAAGUCAUCGUCGUAAUCUGCAACAGGAGCGGAACUGAAGAGGACGCCACCUACACCGGCACCAGUGCUGUUCUCGGUAUCAGGCAGGGCGAGGUGUUCGUCUAUGGCGUUCUUGGCCGCGGCGUGGAUGACCUCCUUGUUGUCGACACGGAUUGUCCGCCGAGGUGCAGGCUCACAGACGCCGAGAGCGCCGAAGCGGACCAGCAGUCCGCAGAUAAAAGUGGGCUGGACCGAGAGACGGGCGGCCGAGAGACGGGCGGCGAUCUUGAAGUCCCCAACGACGCGAUGGCAGACGAAAGCGAAGUGUGCCAGUGCCACAUCGUCGACUCCGGGACCGAACUGAGACUGGAUGUUAGUAGUGCCCGGAAAGCGACUUCUCCCCGGUUGCCCUGGCUGGCGCAGCCCGACGGGCCUGGAGGCGCGCCAACCAACAGCCGGUCGCCCACCCGCCUUCAAAUCCCCACCCGACCUCUUCUGGACGAGUACGUGCCCAUAGACAGCGCCGUGACGGACGACAUCAUCAUCGACACCCCGGGCUUCGCGGAUACGCCAGGUUUUGCCAGCCGUUCAGCUCGGUUCAAGCUGGCGAUUCCGGGUUCCCCGUGGAGGUUUCCCAGCAAGCAAAGCCCAUACCCUUGGCAUGCGCAUGACGGGACGCACUCUGCUGUCUUCGGCGCGGGCGCAACUCUGACGCCCAUCACGCCGUUUGACGAGGAUGGCUGGACUGGUACCCCCAUUGAUGCGAAAGCACCACAGUGGUUCUGGAAACAUGAGCCGACGCUGUCCGCUCUGAAGGAGUCCAUCGCGGAGGAGGAGGAGGAAGUAAGCAAGACAUCAGAGGCUCAGGCCGUCCAGGCCACGGAGCACGAAAAACAGGCCGGUGCAGGCCCAGCAUGAACCAGGAGACAACCCCGACAAAAGGCCGCUCGGCAACGAGCGGUCCGACCUGGCGCAUGUCCGCGACGGCCUCAGGGCCCGUUCGGACACGGCAUUUUUGAUUUCAAAUCAGCCGGCGCCGACAGGCCAAGCUCGCCCAAGUCACGCAACCUGUCGCGAAGCGCCAGCCGGUCCCGCUUGUCCGACCCCUCAGCCUUUUCACUUCACGCACUUCACGACGAGCGAGAUAUAACGGCUUCGAGCGCGCAUGGCACAGAUUCAUCCCGGUCGGCGUACAGAAACAGCUUG